AUGGUCCAUGUAAACGGCACAACUACCAGUGGUACCUCUAAUGGUACCUCGAACGAUGUCACUGCCGUUGUCACCCACGAUGUUGACACCAGCAAACCCACCAACGGCCACGCCGAGUCCAGUAACCUUAAGGAAGCUUUUGUUGACGACGAUGUGGCAAUUUCUCCCAACGCGCCUGAAGAGGUCCCCGCUCUUCUGAAAAAGAUUGCCUCCCAUGGUGAAACGUUUACUUCCCAGAAAAGUGAGGAUAGUACGGUUUAUGCGGCCCUCGAGACCUGCGUUGAACUGGGAGUGUUCACUGUCCUGUCCAAGGAUGACCGACCCAAAUCGUCCGACGAGCUCGCCGAAGCUACGGGGGCGGAUCCUGUAAUGCUUGCCCGGCUUCUCAAACAUCUGUGCGCUAUGGGGACAAUCGCAGAAACCGGUCCAGACGAGUACCGCCGGACGGGCUUCUCGACCUCUCUGAGCUCACGGCGGUAUAGCGAUGCCUACCCAUGCCUGACCGGAUGUAUCACGAACGGCGUCCAAGCCCUCCCAGCGCACCUCAAAAAGAACAACUACCGCAACCCCAGUGAUGGCACCAACUGCGCCUUUCAACUCGGAUUCAACACGACCCUUCACUUCUUCGACUUUCUGCGGGAAAACCCGGUCCACGCCGUGCAGUUCAAUAACCAUAUGAGCGCCUAUCACCAGGGACGACCGAGUUGGAUGGAUGUCGGCUUCUACCCAGUUCAGUCGCUGGUUGAGGGCACGGGCAUUGGCGAUGACGACGUUUUGAUUGUAGAUAUGGGAGGUAGUAUGGGACAUGAUCUGUCAGAGUUCCGCCGUAAAUGGCCCGAUGUCCCUGGCCGUCUGGUCUUGCAAGACCUUUCCGAGGUCAUUGAACAGGCCAAGACAGUGGGACUGCACUCGUCAAUUCAACCCAUGGCCCAUGACUUCUUCACAGAACAGCCCGUCAAAGGAGCUCGGGCUUACUAUAUGCACUCCGUCCUCCACGACUGGAACGAUGACAACUGUCGCAAGAUCCUGUCGAACAUUGUCCCGGUCAUGAAGCGUGGCUACAGCAAGAUCUUGAUCAACGAGAACGUCAUUCCCAGCACCAACGCAUACUGGGAAACCACCAGCUUGGAUAUUAUCAUGAUGGCGGAUUUCGCUUCGACGGAACGGACAGAAAAGCACUGGUAUGCUCUGAUUGAGUCUGCGGGUCUUAAGAUCACGAAGAUUUGGACCGUGCGUCGUGGAGUGGAGAGUCUGAUCGAGUGCGAGCUGGCUUAG